CUUUAGAUCCACACUGGACGGGUAUAGAUAUCAUGGCAUUCCGCUGUGUAGGAAGCCCGCUGGAUGAAAUGAGGCGGCUGGAGAAGUUGCGUGAGCUGGAUCCGGAGUCUGCAGCCAACUUGGUGGCCAACGGGAAGUUGCUAGUCGACUUUGUUCGCGAUGGGAAUCUGCGAGCACUGGAGUGCGCAGCGGAAUAUCUUGAGGAGGGUCAAAUGUUGAUCUUUUAUACCGUGCGGAUGUUUCGAGAGGCGUGCGCGACAAGAAGACUCGAUAUCCUGCGAUUCAUGCUGUUGAACGGUUUCGAUCUCCAGCAAAGCUACAUGAGAGACGUACUACACAGCAUCAUCGACAACAUCGACAGUCCACAAAGUGCUGAUGCUGUGCAACCACUUAUUCGAUUCCUACUGGAUGCUGGUGUCGACGUAAAUUGGCAACGGACAUCCGAUCUGUAUACAGCUUUACAUGUUGCAUGCUGCAAGAACCUGUACCCCAUAGCGUACCUGCUUGUUCUUUUUGGUGCCGACGUCAACGCAAUUGCCGCGAACGAUUCGAUGCCACUUGCAUGCGCAAACAACAUUGGGAAAACGACCACUUUAACAGAAGAUGAGCAAGCACAGAAGAGCUUGCUCGUUGCUUUUCUAAUUGAGAAUCAAGCACGUCCAACGUGGAGGAAGCAAACACGCCAAGUACCUUUAACGAGUGCUACAGGCCUUUCGAAUCCAGUAACGCAACCGAAACAGCCGAUCCUUAGCUUCUCGAGUAGCUUCGGCAUUCAUUGCAGCAUCGAUAAUUCAUCGGACGACGAACAUCAAGCUGCUCUCAUGUUCGACACGUCAGAUCCAACUGAAAGUCUUUGAGUAACUACGGUGAUAUUAGGAGCAGUUAUCAAGCACGGUGAUCAAGGAAAACAAAAAUAUCCUCUUCGUUUGUUCAGAUUCUCGAAUUAUACAUAGUACACGGCCUGUCUUACUUGCUGCGAGCACGGUACUUCAUCGCCAG